AGGAGCCACUGUACUUUUAUCACCAACUGGAGAAAACGGAUACAGAAUAUGGAGUGCGGGUCAGCGCGUGCAACGGUAGCGAAGUACAGUAGCGAGACCCAGAAAUUACUUCAAACGAUGAUGCGAGAAUCGCGGCUCACCAAUUUUCAGCAGCGGCAGAUUAACCAUCAGCUGAACAAAGGUGGCGCCCUACCACUGCUGUGUAACCCGACUUCGUCUGCCCCGCCUGUACAACCCCGGCCAAGGAUAAGCGAAAAUGGCACUUACUCAACCAGACCGCACAAACGCAGCGCCGAGCAGUGCUCCGCCGACAACAGCUACACCCGGGAGAAAUUUCGGCCCAGCGCAACACGAGACUUGGAGAAAGAGAAACGCAGGCUUCAGAACAUCCUCGCCACAGGGCAGGAUGAAGCCCCACCAUCCCGCUCACAGGCACCGCCCAUUAAGGGAGGAGAGGAGAGUGAGAGAGACAGGUUCCAAGAGGUUCUGGAUGAGAUUGAGGAGAGGAGGCAGUUUUUGGAGGAGAUGAGUGCUCUUGGAAGGAGAAACCACUAUCAUCACAUCAUUAACACCGAGAUAUCUCAGAAAAUCCGUGAGCUUGAGCUGAUCGACAGAGCACACAGCAAGGAGCUGAGGACUCUCAUGAUGAAAGAGAAAGACAAGGAGAAAGAGACCACAGAUGAAGGACAGCAGUGAAGGAAGAGUCCACUGUCUACAGACCUGACUACAUCUCACACACCAAAAGCACAUCAUUGCAUGCAGUUUGGCAGUGGGUUGGGACUUUAAGUGAACACUUAUUUCAGGUGGUGUUUAUUCUUUAUUUCAUCAGGAAGUGCCUGACACAAAGCUUAACAGCACCUUAGUAUUAGCAGUACCAGGCACUAGACCAGAAGAGCAAACUAUUUUUGAGCCAACUUCGGUACUUAAAACCCACACGGCCACCUGUGAAUUAGUUUCACUACAUGUUUUAUUCAUCAUUUAAACCAAUCUGCAUCUGGAUGUUUUUAUGCAACAAAAGACCUCAGUUUGAGAUUUUAGUGGCAAAAAAGAGCCAGACCGUGGCAAAAUAUGGAUAUUAUAUUAAAACAAAGACAAAACCCUGUUUGCUGAUGAGAUACAAACAAAAAUGUCAAGUUAUCUAAAGACAAAGAUAUACAUACAUCAUAAUGUUCAGCUUUCUUCCAUAAAUACAAUUAAACAAUGGCACUCUUCAGCACAA